UAACUCACCAUUCACACAAUGAAACCAUUCUCACACACACACCAACACAACUGAAACAUCCUCUCACAUCAACGCAAAAACCACAAACUCAAAUUCCCACAGAACUGAGUGAGUGAGUUCACUAGUUUUUCACAAAGAUGGUGAGAACCCCGUCUUGUGACAAAAGUGGGUUAAGGAAAGGUACUUGGACUCCGGAAGAAGAUAUGAAGUUGGUUGCUUAUGUUACUAGGUAUGGAUGCUGGAAUUGGCGACAACUUCCCAAGUUUGCAGGUCUUGCAAGGUGUGGGAAAAGUUGCAGAUUGAGAUGGAUGAACUAUCUAAGGCCUAAUCUCAAAAGAGGGAACUUCACCCCACAAGAAGAAGAAUGCAUCAUCAGAAUGCUCAAAAAACUUGGUAACAGAUGGUCGGCUAUUGCGGCUGAGUUACCAGGAAGAACAGAUAACGAAAUAAAAAACCACUGGCACACCACUCUCAAGAAAAGGUGUCAACAAAGUACAGUGACAAAUGAAGAAGCCAGAGCCUCCAAAUCGAAGAAUAAAGAAUCCAGGGCAGGGACAAACUCGGUUCCGAACAAAAAUGGUGUUACUGUUAGUGUUCCAGCCACUUCCCAGAUUUCAGAUAACUCAUCAGACUCAUUCUCGCCGGUUUCAUCCUCCAGCAGCGAGUUUUCUUCCAUAACUUCAGAUCGUUCUAGCAUGGGAAAUUUGGUGUUUGAAGAUGAUUUCGGUUUUCUUGAUUCGUAUGUGAAUGAAAGUUUCUGGAAAGAACUGAAUCUUGAUGGAGAUACUAGUUGUACAGAGAUGGUUGAUUCUUGUGCAUUAUCUCCGAAUCAAUCAUCGAGUGAAAGUGUGGUUGUGGAGAAUGACUUUGGCAGCUUUCUGGAUGCAUAUGGUGAGGUAACAUUCGAUAACUUUUGGUCGGAACCAUAUGUGGCUGACGUGUCCCACGUUCCUAGCGAGCUACUUGUUCCCUCCGUGGUAGAAUCUGAAUAUUUUACACCUAUGUACGAUGAUCUGUGGGGUCAAAGUCAUUUUGUACAAUGAAAGUUUUUAGCUUUAUCUAUCCUAAUCAACAGCUUGUAGUGACUUAUAUACUUGUACAAUAGUGAUCUUGCAGUGGCUAUCUGUAUUUCUCCUUUAUAGUAUU